CUCCCUCCUCCAGCACCGGCUGCCAUCCUACAGCCCUCCAUCGCUGUCCUGCUUCCCAACCCCUGGGACCUCAAUGUCCACACCAUGAUGACGGGCAUCGCCGCCGCCUCCUUCUUCUCCAAUACCUGCCGCUUUGGGGGCUGCGGGCUCCACUUUACCACCCUGGCCGAGCUCAUCGAGCACAUCGAGGACAACCAUAUCGACACAGACCCGCGUGUUCUAGAAAAGCAGGAACUACAACAACCAACAUAUGUGGCAUUAAGUUACAUCAACAGAUUUAUGACUGAUGCAGCUCGUCGGGAACAAGAAACUUUGAAGAAAAAAAUUCAGCCCAAACUGUCAUUGACAUUGUCAGGUUCUGUGUCCCGGGGGAAUGUUUCCACACCACCACGGCAUGGCAGCGGUAGUCUCACCCCACCGGUCACCCCUCCAAUCACCCCAUCUUCCUCUUUCCGAAGUAGCACCCCCACAGGAAGUGAAUAUGAUGAAGAAGAGGUAGAUUAUGAAGAGUCAGACAGUGAUGAGUCUUGGACUACUGAGAGUGCCAUCAGCUCUGAAGCCAUUCUGAGCUCUAUGUGCAUGAAUGGAGGGGAUGAGAAGCCAUUUGCCUGCCCAGUUCCUGGAUGUAAAAAGAGAUAUAAGAAUGUAAACGGUAUUAAGUACCAUGCCAAGAAUGGCCACAGAACUCAAAUCCGUGUCCGUAAACCUUUCAAAUGUCGCUGCGGGAAGAGUUACAAGACAUCUCAGGGUCUUCGUCACCACACAAUCAAUUUCCACCCUCCUGUCUCUGCCGAGAUCAUCAGGAAGAUGCAGCAAUAAAAGCUAAAUACAUCUGUGCCAAGAAACCCUCACCAGCAGAUGCUGAUUUUCAAAACAGCCACCCUUAUUUUAUUUGUUAUUUUGUCCUUUCUGUUAUAUUUCAUGGGAAGCACUGAAACUCCUAUGAAACGUGACAUUCAGUGCAUGCUUUAAACAAACGAUUCCAAUCAUUGUGGAAUGGCUUAGGUUCCUAAAGAAAAUCCUUUUUAUAAAAUUGCACAUUAACCGCCAUGCCCAUUUUCAUCACUUUCUUAAGGUGCUACAGUUAUAAACCUAUUAAUAGAAAGACAAGAUUUAUGAGGAAAAACAAAUGUUUCUCUGUAGCCCAAGGGGGGAGGGGAGAUUUAGUUGGAUGCAUAAGAUAUUAUUUGGCAAGUGUUACUUGUGAAUGGAAGACAUCUUAGCACUGAAAUUAUAUUAAGAGCUACUUUGCUAACAAGGUAGCCUAAAGAGCAUUACAGGCCAGGAGCAAAGAGGGUGAACACAUAAGUCAUUUACAUUUUGUAACAUGUUAACCCUUUAAUCUUUUAGAGGGGCACUACUGCUUUGUUCUAAUACACUGUAAUGAUGCAUUUUCAGUUAAAAAUCAGUAGUAUAUUGAUUACAUUUUAUUAGAUGGUUCUUUCAGUGAAAAUGAGAUGUUUGCUGCACUUCCAAAGCCCAUGGAUGUCACAUGACCUCCAAACUAUGUAAAGAGGCAGAAUUCAUGGUUCUUUUCUUGGCAGGGAUAAGCAAGACGAGCAUGGUCGUGCAAUUAUAGACAUCUUAAUUUCUCCUUAUAGGAGCCCUCUAGUAAGUACAAAAUAAUGAAAGAAAUCAGUUUUAAAAAACACGUACCGUUAUAACUUUAUAUAGAAACUGAUGGAAAUUCCCCUUUAUAGGAUUUUAGUGGAGUUUACUGUGCAUUUAAUACCAAAUUAUCACCAUUUUUUUUAGAUUCCUUGACCUGCCUUACUUAAAAACUCAGUAUUUUAGGUAUCAGUUGCAUAGGUUAUCUGUGCUAUAAAUAAGAAUGUUUAACGUAUAAUAAAAUAUUUUCAUACUUAAAUAACAUACAUAUAAAGGUUGCGCUUGCUGUGUUUUCAUAUUAUCUUGCAUAGUAUUUUUUCUUCAGUUGUUUUGUGUUUUCCUCUUUAUCAGCCAAAGUGCUAAAAAUCUAAUUUUUUGCGAUUAGCAAAAAAGAAAAAAAAUGAAAGACAAAAAAAAAUAUUAUUUUCAGUGUUAUGAAAGGUCACUGUUUUACAGUUACCAUAGUCGGGUAAUGAUUCGGUUUGCACCCAACUUUCUUUCUUGGACCAAGUUCUCAGAUAAAAAAGUUUCUCCCUUUUUCCUCUUUCAUAAAUGCAGUGAAAUGCGUUAUUACUUUCUGUAGCAUUGCAGGUUUCACCAAAAGCUGGAAACAGAACUGUUCAUACCAUAUCCCCAUGAGUGAAAUGACCCAUUAUAUAUAUAUAUAUAUAUAUAUAUAUUUAUACAUAUAGGGUGCUACACUCCUGGGCAUCCAAGGGUUACAUAAAACAUUGGCCUUAGUUCAUUUUAUAUGAACAAGAUAUGUACAUUUUAGCAUUGACUUGUGGCGUAAAAAGCAUACUAGUUUGUUUUAUUACUAUAUGCUGAGUGCCCAAAGUAUUAAAAUCCCUCACUUCCUGAGGUGAACAUAAAAGAAAAUGCCAUAAAAUACCAAAAAUAUUUUUAUGUUUGCAGUUUUAAUGACAAAAACAUAUUUUUAAUGGUUAUAUAGCACUUUGAUUUGCAUUUUGCCUGCUCCAAUAAAACCAUCCUGAAGUGAUGUGUCUGCAAGGUACUUAUGCUUUUAUUUGUACAUAUUUAUAUAUAUAUAUAUAUAUAGUCAGUAAUGUUACCAAUAACUGGAUAGUUCUGCUACUGUUGGUAGAAACCUGCAAAACUGCUUAAAGUGUAAAUUUCAUUUUUGAGAUUGGUUUUCUUUUAUUGUGAAACACAACUCUUCAUCCUUUGAUGGAGUUUAAAAAGCACUUUGUAGUUCUCUAUUGCCAACCAAGGUAAUGCUGUCUGCAAUGCCAAUAAUUGCAGCUACUGUACUGAGCGUGCAUAUAGGCUGCUCCCAAGUUCUAAGCACAUGGAUAGGAGGCACGACCGUUGGAAGGGAAUUUAAAGUGACUCUCCUUUGAUGUUCUUUGUACACAAUUUAUUAUUUUGUAUGUAUUUUUUACUGCCUUGUAAUGUUUAUUUCAUUCCAAAUAAAGUUAUGUUAAGUCUUACAGGUCACUUUGCUGAGCUGACAUUCCAGAUGACUUGGAAUUAAAGGGCUAUCAAACCCAAAUUGUUUCUUUUAUAAUUCAGAUAGAGCGUGAAAAAUUGAUAAUAGGAGUAAAUUAGAAAGUUGCUUAAAAGUGCAUGCUCUGUCUGAAUCAUGAAAGAAAAAAAUUGGGUUUCAUGCCCCUUUAAGUACUAUGUGCCGGGUGGUCAAAGCAUAGUCCAACUGCCUUGCAGUCACAUGUCUGGAUCAUACAUUACCGGAAUAGCCUAGAAGUUUGGAGUUGUUUUUAAUGUUUUAGGGAAGCCCUUUAAUAUUUAUUAUUCAGCAAACUAGCGAGGCCUCUUGAAACAAAGCACUCAACUAACUGUCAGUUAUUAUGGCACACAGUGCAGUAAUGUGAUUCUGGUUUUGCUUAAAAAAAUGCAUCAUGUACACAGCCUUCAUUUUCCAUUUGUGAAAAAAAAAAAAGUUAUUAAAGGGAUAUGAAACCCAAAAAUUUUCAUAAGGAGUUCAUAUCCCUUUAAAAUGACAAAACUACCAUGGUAAAGUCUCUUUCUGGAUCUAUCAGUAUCUAUUCUGCAGGCAGAGUGGAUGUGAUUCCGAUUAAUGUGUAACUAGAACAGUUUGCUACACUAAAGAGCUUUUCAUGUUCAGUACUUUGUUGCUGUAUCAAUUUGCCAAAAACAAACCUCAGUACAACUCAAUACAAAAUGUUAAAUGAAGAAACAAGAUGAAAACGAUAAGCAAGAAAUUAUUAUUAGAAUAUAAUAAGAAAACAUGGUGAAUAUCACUAGCUUUCCUAAACCUAACAAUACCAGAACAAUGUGUAGCAGCUUUAUUUAAAUUAUAGCAUGAAAACAGCUGGUAUUAAAUGGCCAUUAAAGUGAUCAUGUUACUACCCAUAGGAAGGGAGUAGUACAGGGAAGCAUAUACAAUAAUAUGUAUGUUACAUUUAGCCACAUUUUAGGUUACAUUGCAGGUUCUAGACUGCCCCCAGCAAUGAUAUUUCCCCUUAAAAAUAGACGGAGGUUGCUAGAGCCAAUCAGAACCUGUAUGGUGGCUCAUCCCAGGGUUCUUAUUGCCUCAGGGGAGAAUAUGGACAGUUUUUCUCUUCCCAGAGGAAAUAAGCUCUUGCGGAUGCUGCCAUUGACAAUAGUGGCUCAAAUACUUGGGCCUCUAAUUGUCUGUAGCAUUUACGGCCUAUUUUUUUUAAUAAUAGGAUAAUAAAACAAAAUAAGCUUUAUUUAAAAUGUGCAUGAAAAAACACAGUUUUAAACGCGCCCCUGUAAUGUAGUACUCCUACGUGGUACAUACAAAUUUAGUGUAUCACUUUAAUGCCCCUUUAAGGUUAUUAGUCUGUUUAAGAUUCAGUGUCUCAUCUAUAACCAACAUAAAUCCAAAGGGAAAAAAAAGUGUACUGCUUAAAUGUUACAACUGUGAAUAAAGUGAUUAAGAGUUUACAUUUGCUUCUAAUUGCUGAAUAGACUCCCCUUCUGUGCAGGGUGAUCCAGACAUGUGAAGAACAAGCCCUAUUUGGCUAUGUGCUAUCUGCUGCAGUGUUGGCAGCACUACAAAAACGUAUCUUUUUAGCCAAGUUCUUUUUAUUCCAGGCAGGAUGUUAGCUCAACAGCUAAACAGUUGUAAAAUAAUGUCAUUGUUGCAUGUAAAUUCUUUUCAGCUAUAAAACUGAAAUUCAAGUUUCUAUUUACCUACCCAUUGUGACAGUAUUAUUAACCAGGUAAGGAUGGGACUAUUUUGUUAUACUGUGUAUAGUGAAUGUAUUGUACUGUGUCUGUGAAAAGUGUGCUUAAAUUAUAUUUUCAUAUGUUUUGUUGGGGACAAAGUACAUUAAGUUUGAAGGUGACAGAGGUUUUAUGAUUUUUUUGAACUGAAGGCAACUUAAUGAAUCAAAACUCCUGUCAAAGCUGCUUAUAAAUGUAAAUCAAAGUUAAAAUAAACUGCCUCUGACUGAGAACCAGUACAAA